UGCCGCUGACUUGACGCUGCUGUGUGCGCAGACGGAACCGGGCCGCUGGAUGAUGGCGUUAACGGGGCUGCUGCUGCUGGAGCUCGGUCUGUACGCCUCCUGCUUCGUGUGCGGGAUCGUCACGGCCGCAUCCAUCACCAUCGUCCAGGGUAACUUCGGAGGUCAGUGCAUGCUGUACGGACUCGUCAGCUACAACGCGACGGCGAGCGCCAUCGGAGUCCAGUCGUCCAGCUCCUCGUCUCUGUGCUACUUUGUGUCGGCCGUAUCGAUCUUGGUGGCGGUGGUGUGUUUCUCACUGUCUCUGUACUGGGCCUACUCUUUCUGCAUCGAUGGGGACAUCAGAAGGGAGCGCAUGUGGAUGAACCUGAUCGUGGCCGUGUGCGGCGUCUUCCUGUUCUUCCUGCUCAUCUCGGGCUGCAUGCUGAAGAUCGGACGCGACUCGCUCUGCAACUCGGUCAUGCAGACCGUCCCCAACAUCACCAGCUGUGAAGAUGCCCAGACUAGAAAAUGGGUCAGCCCCAUUAAAGGUGGAAGGUUCUACAACAGUCUCCAAAAAGCUGAGACGGCGGCGUGGGUCAACUUCUUCUUCUGGCUCACCAUCGGGGCUCUGGUGAUCGUUCAGAGGCGUCAGGGCUCGGGGGCCAAGCUGAUCGCUGGAGGCUACGGAGGGCCGGCCGGGGGGCUUUUCGCUGAUCCGGGGGUGACGGCCGCAGAGACGGAGCCGUUUUUCAACCGUCCUGCGAGGCCACAGUGAGGAGAGAGAGCAAAAACACAGAGCAGUACAUUAACUAAGAUGACUGGUGGGAGCAGAUGUGGGAAACGGGUGAACACACCGUCUGGUAUUUCAGGUUUUUAGACACUAUGUCAAAGAAAUCACAGUGAGUUUGUGUUUGUGUUUCACAGCUACUACAACCAAUAGAAAGUUUUGUUACCGACGAGGAUGGGAUUCGAACCCACGCGUGCAGAGCACAAUGGAUUAGCAGUCCAUCGCCUUAACCACUCGGCCACCUCGUCUGGCACACGCAGAUCAAUAAAACCAACACCGCUGCAGACGCUGCGCUGUGUGUGUCUGCCGGGGCUCGUCUGAAUCCGCACAAUCCAAAGAUUCAAGCGCUGACUUGUGCGUUCACCGGUUUCCCACGUCUCAUUUACCAAACAUGUCCGUGGAUCGCACAGAAAUGUGAAUUUGUUCAUUCUGAAAGUGCCUGUUUUGUUUUUUUGACACAACCGACCAGUGGGAUCGUGUUUAUUGCAGGCAUUCUUUUUGUAUUUCAACUGUGCUCAGAUGUUCUUUUGAUGUCACUGGCAGAUGUUUCUGAAAUAAAACAGAUUUUUACCCCUUUGACAAAUCAUGUACAUUAUUGCUGUCAAGGCUACACGGGCCUCAGCAGCUCACAGUCACAUGAUUUCAUUUGGUGUUUUGCCUUUAUUUAUGAUUAAUUGUUAUUCAGCUAGUUAAGCCUAAACUGUUUGUCAGAGGAACAGGAGCUCUGAAAAUGUUGAACAAUGUCUCCCUCUGCUGGCUCAUAGCAAACACUUCGACCGCAUCAACAUUCAGAGUGUUUUUAGGGGUUAAAUUUAAAAGGCUUUCAUAGGCAUUGGGAUAAAGCUGCAUGUUGUCUGAUGCUCCAUAUUUCCAGAGUGAUAAACUUCCUCAUUGUUUUCUUGCUAUAUUUCUUCAUUUUAAUAAAGCUGUGGUUCCUUGA